GUGGGCCUAGUGUGUUUCUUCAUUUAACUUUGUAACAUAAUAUAAGAUUACCUAUUUUAGUCGACGUUGAGUAACUUUCGUUGCAAAGCACUUACGCUUAUAAAGCACAAUCUCUUCGAGAAUUACAGGUCGGCGGACAUGCUACUGUUUUACAUGUCGUUUGUUUUGUGGCUGCUGUCUGCAUGUCGUGUGAUCAGAUCGACCUGUCACGAGCUUUUAAUUCCAGAAGAUGCUGAAUUCUGCAAGGGAGGGUUGAAGGUGAUUUACCCAGAUCUGAUUAUUGAUAAAUGCUUGAUAGUCCCUCAAAAGGUCAGAGAGAAGAUCAGCAAGGUGUGGGGACCACCUCAAGUUCAUCUGCCAGGUGUUAAAGAGGAGAGAAAAUACACCCUAAUAAUGGUGGACCCAGAUGCUCCUAGUCGUAAGAAACCCUCUCGUGCAUACUGGAGACACUGGUUACUGGUUGACGUUCAGGGGAAGAGCUUUAUGAAUGGAGAUGUCAGAGGCAUUGAACUUUCUGCAUACACUCGGCCCACACCGCCUAAAGACACUGGACUCCACCGCUACCAGUUUAUCGUGUUCGAGCAACCUGAUGACCAGACUCCGUCUCUCAGCCCGCAGGAGAAGAGCUCCCUGGGGAACUGGGAUCCACAGGCAUUUGUUCAGGAGUUUGGUCUGACUGGCCCAGUGGCUUCCCUCCAGUUCCUCACCCAAAACCACAAGGACUAGAGGAUACUUCCAAAAUGCCUUCACCAAACCUUCACCUCUGGCAUUUAUGGCUUUGAUAUAGUACUUUAUUCACUGCAUUUAUGAGAAAAUGAAACUAGAAAUGAAGUAAUGUGGUUUUUCCUCUGUAUUUCUGA